AUCACCCACGCUUGAAACGACCAAACGCCAACAUUCACUGCGUUCGAGCCGUUUUUGUUCAAGAACAACGAGGCAAUAUGACCAAUGUUAUCAGAGAUCUGAGAUUUUCUAAAUUCCUGAAAGCACAGUGGAUCAGUAGUGUCAAAGACUACGUAAUUUCGGAGCGAACUAUCGUUACAAACAUUGGAGUCAGCCCAGCUGUACUGGCUACUGCAAGCCCUGUAAAAGCACUCGCACCUCGUACAUCUACUAUCUUAAAAGGUGUGACGAUCAAGACUGCUGACUCUUUGGUCCUCAUACAGAUUCCUAAUGAAGACAAUAUUGGAGGCUGUGUCCUUGAGGAUGGUUGGUAUCAGCUGAGCAAACAAGCACCAGAUUUCCCCAAGGACAUCCCUUUGUACAAAUCACCACAGUUUGAUGUUGGUAAAGUGGCAUUUGACCCAUUUUUGGCCACAGGCCAGGAGUCAACAACCCAAGGUCUAAAACAGCACAAUGUGAAGGUCAAUGUCUGGUUCUGUCCAGCCAAGACCCACUGUGGCAUUCACAACAUGCAUACUAAUCCAGAAAUGCUAGAGGUCCAUACUCAGGUAUAUGGCACGGGUAGGAUGCAGAAGUUCCACUGCAAUGACUUCGAUACUCUGUACGAAGAUGUGAUUAUGAACCCUGGGAUGACCCAUGUACCAUUCACUGGAGUGGAGGAUUCUGGCAAGUACAUGUACCCCUGGCACCAGUACUAUGGUGAUACAGACUGCAUCUGGAUGGCUGUAGAGUAUCACCCUUGUAAAUGAAAUGCAUUUUCCUACUUCUUUGCUGCACAGUGAUGGAAUUGACCUAGUAGGGUGGGGUGGAGAUAAUUGUAACACACAGAAUCAAUGUACCCUCCUCUAGACAGGUUGUUUUCAGGAUUUAAUUAAGGAUUAAAUCAAGCACAGAUAAAAUAAGAUUAAAUAAUGAUAUAAAACAGGAAAUCGAUGGUUUGCAAACAUCAAGUAUUUCAGAUGAACAUAAUAAGUGAAUAAAGACUUAAUGUUUACAUGGUA